GAAGCGCCGUCCAGCAGAGGAACCGACUGAGUCCCGAAAAGAUGUUGAGUAGACGAUUUUGUCGUUUUUAUCCGAGUCUCAGUCGCUAUUACAAAGGACAGAGAGAUUACCACAAUGACACAGCGAACGUCGUCGGUUCAGAACCAGACAGGUCGUCGCCGGAAUUUCAGGAAAAUGAGACCCGGAUGGCAGCUCUGGUGGACGAACUCCGGGGACGGAUCCACCACAUUUCACUUGGUGGCGGGGAAAAGGCCAUCCAGAGGCACAAGAGCAAAGGGAAGCUCUUGGUGCGAGAGAGGAUCGGCAACUUGAUUGACCCUGGGACCCCAUUUCUGGAGCUGUCACAGUUGGCUGGAUAUCAGUUGUAUGGCAAAGAGGAGGUACCGGCUGGAGGCAUCAUUACUGGUAUCGGCAAAGUAUCAGGGGUUGAGUGUAUGAUUGUGGGCAAUGAUGCCACAGUGAAGGGAGGGAGCUACUAUCCCAUCACAGUCAAGAAGCAUCUACGAGCCCAGGAGGUCGCACAGGAGAACAACUUGCCAUGUGUCUACCUGGUGGACUCUGGCGGUGCAAACCUCCCUCGGCAGGCGGAUGUCUUCCCUGACCGUGACCACUUCGGUAAGAUCUUCUUCAACCAGGCCAACAUGUCUUCCAAAGGGAUUGCACAGAUUGCUGUUGUUCUUGGGUCUUGCACAGCAGGAGGAGCCUAUGUGCCUGCAAUGGCUGAUGAGUCGAUCAUCGUGCGUCGGCAGGGAACCAUUUUCCUAGGGGGUCCUCCUCUUGUCAAGGCAGCCACAGGAGAGGAGAUUUCGGCUGAGGACCUUGGAGGAGCAGAUCUCCAUUGUGGGAAAUCAGGGGUGACGGAUCACUAUGCCUUAGAUGACACACAUGCCCUGCAUUUGGCUCGGCGGGUUGUGAGAACUCUUAACCGCACCAAAGUACCUCAGGUAUCUCUGCGUGACGUGAAGGAGCCGAUCUUUGACCCCCAUGACCUCUAUGGCAUUGUGGGUGACAACCUCAAGAAGACUUACGAUGUCAGAGAGGUCAUUGCACGUGUUGUGGAUGGAUCAGAGUUUGAUGAGUUCAAGGCUCGCUAUGGUGACACACUAAUCUGUGGUUUUGCUCGCCUAUAUGGGUAUCCUGUGGGCAUCAUUGGCAAUAAUGGUGUCCUGUUCUCCGAGUCCGCAGUGAAAGGCACUCACUUCAUUGAGCUUUGCUGCCAGAGAAAAAUACCACUGAUCUUCUUGCAAAACAUUACUGGCUUCAUGGUUGGCCGAGAUGCAGAGGCUGGAGGCAUCGCUAAAAAUGGAGCCAAGAUGGUCACAGCUGUGGCCUGCGCAAAGGUCCCCAAAUUCACUGUUGUUGUUGGAGGUUCGUAUGGGGCUGGCAACUACGGCAUGUGCGGCAGAGCCUAUGGGCCACGCUUCAUGUACAUGUGGCCCAACAGCCGCAUCAGUGUGAUGGGGGGAGAGCAGGCAGCAGGUGUCUUGGCACAGAUCACAAGGGAACAGCGACGUCGCGAAGGGAAGGAGUGGACUGAGCAAGAGGAGCAGGCACUCAAGGCCCCCAUUAUCAAACGCUUUGAGGCUGAGGGAUCUCCAUACUUCUCCAGUGCUCGUCUCUGGGACGAUGGAGUGAUCGAUCCUGUGGAAACAAGGCAUGUUCUAGGCUUGUCCCUGUCUGCCUCUUUGAAUGCUCCCAUCCCCAAAACGGACUUUGGUGUAUUCAGAAUGUAAAGAGUCCUAAACUUAUAGCAAUAAUUUUUUGAGAAUAGAACUGUGUGACAUUUGGCUGUUCAUUGUUCUGAAUUAGGAUCAAAAAGACCUCUUGGGCAUUUUCAUAAAAUGUUUAAUGAAUCUUGGAAUGUAUUGUAUCUGGCAAAAUUUAAUGUACUUAUUGUAUGUAACACAAGUUUGUCUUUCUUUGGCAGUAUCUUGAAAUGUUGUAAUUUGAACAAUUACAUUUUCUGGACAUAAUGAAAAUGUGAACGUGAGAGUGAAAUGUACUGUAAAAUAUGCUUAUGGUUUGGUAUGAUUAACAUCUAAAUAAAAUUCAAAUUGUCUUCAAGAAUAUAGAUUUUUUAAAAAGUUAUGAGGGUAGAAUAUAUUGUUUUGUGUAGCUGUGAUUUUUUUUCUUAGUUCUAUAUUUUUUGUAUGGAAACAGAGAAAGCAUUUUUCAUGUGGAGAAUUUGUUAGUGACUAUAAAUAAACUAUAAAUUCAAAUUUAAAUAGUGGUCCAAAAGAAUUGUGUACAAAAAAAAAGUUUUCCCUUUCUCCCAACAGCAGAUAAGAUACUUCUGUAAUGUUAAAGUGUUUCAUAUGUUUUGGUAACAAAUCGAUGAGACACACUGGAAAUACAAAAUAUAUGCAUUUCUGAUGUUUUUAGCACAAUAACGUUCACUGCCAGUCAAAACAUCAUUCACGUUUUUUGAAAUUGGCUGUUUUUCCGUUUUCUUUAGCUUUGUAAAGGAGUGUCAAAAAGGUUCAGCUAAGCAAGGUCUUAUUUUAUCCCCCCAAAAAUAAGGAUCUAUGGUACAAAUAUUUAGAAACUGAAUUUGAAAACAGGUUAGCAAAGUAAAAAAAAAAAAGUUAGUGAUGAGAUAUAUGAAAUCAACAGAGCAACUGAUCUAGUCACAGAAAUCAAUAUUGGGAGAAAUUUGUAGUCAAGUUUAAUAAGAGCAGCUUAAAAUGCCUGGAUUUUUGGAAUUAUAAGUCCUUUUGCAGCUCAAAGGAAGUGCUUUCAUAUAUCCUGUUUCUUAAGUUAAUUCAUUAGGGGAAUGUAUAGUAUUUUUGUAGAUAACUUAGGGUAUUGUGUAAAUAAAUUUUCUUUUGUAAAA